AUCCAUCUCCCCUAGUCUCGGCCGGCCCAAAACGAACGGAGCAUAUACGGGGAGCCGCGGCACACAAACAUACACAAAAUAUAAAUAGGCCACGCCCAUUUGUGCAUAUUUCUACAUAUAUCCUCGCGACGGGCCCCCCGCCCCCCUGAGCCCCUUUUCCUCUUCCUUCUCUUUGCUCUCACAACAACCGGAGCUCUUUCUUUUUGAAAAGAGCCCUCUUUUGUUUCCUGACAGACCAAGUGGAAGAAGUGGUGGUGUGUCAACUUCAGAAGACAACGAACGACGCAUUUUUGGAUAGGAAAUUCGAAUUUUUGAAUUCCAAAAUUCGGUCUUCAAAAUGACGAUGGAAGCGUUGCUAACACCGAAUAACAACAAUGUUCCGACGAGUCCCGUUCAGACAACCUACACAAGUACACAACGAUACUGCUCCGCGCCAAAUGUGGAUAUUGGAGAAUCAAAAACAAAUUUAAUUAUCAAUUAUCUGCCACAAGGAAUGACACAAGAAGAAGUUCGGUCCCUUUUCACAUCGAUCGGAGAAAUUGAAUCUUGUAAAUUGGUCAGAGAUAAAGUAACAGGACAGUCCCUUGGUUACGGUUUUGUUAAUUACGUCCGAGAAGAGGAUGCUCUUCGUGCAGUCAGCUCAUUCAAUGGCCUACGAUUGCAGAAUAAGACGAUCAAGGUAUCAUAUGCCCGUCCAUCAAAUGAUCAAAUCAAAGGUUCAAACUUAUAUGUUUCUGGAAUUCCAAAAUCGAUGACUCUGCACGAAUUGGAAUCGAUUUUUCGGCCAUUUGGACAGAUUAUCACAUCUCGAAUAUUGUCAGAUAAUGUAACUGGACUCUCAAAAGGCGUUGGAUUUGUACGUUUCGACAAAAAAGACGAAGCUGAUGUUGCAAUUAAAACACUAAAUGGAAGUAUUCCAUCAGGAUGUUCAGAGCAAAUCACAGUGAAAUUCGCAAAUAAUCCAGCAAGUAACAAUCCGAAAGGACUGCUGAGUGAUCUGGAAGCCGUACAGCAAGCCGCCACAACACUGGUACCAUUGAGCACAAUUCUUGGAGCACCGACGCUGAGAGCAACUGCUGGAGGAAUCGGACCGAUGCACCAUGCUCCAAUUACUUCAAAGUACAGAUAUUCCCCAAUGGGCGCCAUCACUGCAGUAUCCCAGCCAACCGCUACACUUCCUGCUGACUAUUUGACAACUUCUGCGCUUCUUCAGAUGUCUCAGUUGAAUGCUCUUGCUGGCCUGAACCCUUUUGCCACAGCAACAGCCGUACCUGAUUUCACAGCUUCAUUAAUAGCGCAUCAGCAACAACAACACGCAGUUGCUCAACAACAUGCUGCACAAACAGCGAGCCCUCCGGCAACAAAUGGACAAGUUGCUGGAUUAGCAGCUCAUGCUCAGUUAUCUGCAUUGUCAGCUUCAGUUGCUGCCACGUUACCGCCAUCAGAUACUGCUGGAUAUUGCCUUUUCGUAUAUAAUCUUUCAUCAGAUACUGAUGAUACACUGUUAUGGCAGUUAUUCUCACAGUUUGGAGCAAUUGUUAAUGUUAAGAUUCUACGAGACCUGACACAACAGUGCAAAGGAUAUGCAUUUGUAUCGAUGAGCAACUACACAGAAGCCUAUAAUGCAAUGCUUUCUCUGAAUGGCACAAAUUUGGCUGGAAAGACGCUUCAAGUAGUUUUCAAGUCAUCAACUCCAUAUCGAGCUUAAACUUUUUUGCAAAAAUAUUCUAAUUUCAAUCAUUCCAGUCACUUGUCUCCCAUUCUCUUUUCAUUUUCUUCUUCUUCCCCAACCAAAGAAAUUGUGAUUUUCCCCCUCUGAAAUUCCAGUCACUUUUUGUGUGCUACUAGUCACCCCCCCCCCCCCCCCAUUGUGUUCCAUCCCCUUUCAUGAGCAACUGUGAGCAAAACCAAUCGAAUUCCGGUAACGAAAUAAGCCACGCCCCUUGAGAAUAAUGAGCUUCUGCCCACCCCUGUCCCAAAACCUUGAAUCAGCUUUAACAUCUUCAAAACUUUUAUCAAUUUUACCUAAAAUAUGCCAAAUCCUCCGUCACUUUUCAGUAUUUCGUACAGUUUUCUGAUUUUUAUACUGGGUUCCUUGUUUUUCUUUUACAAAGAUUUUUUGAAAUAUUAAAACUAAAAUGUGUAUAAUAAAAAUUGUAUACCAA